AUGAUUAUGUUCAUCAUUAAAUGUGCAUCGGUUUUUCUUCGUCGAGGUAUGGAUUUGUCAUUGACGGACGACAGCACCGCAAACAAGCAGAAUCGGCAUAACAGAAUUCGAAUUCUGACUGAGUUAAUCUGUGUUCACUCUAAUAUUACCACUUUUUCCAGCCAGAUCAGGGCUGCUGGUACCAUAUCUUUGAUAUCUAUCUAUCUAUCUAUCUAUCUAUCUAUCUAUCUAUCUAUCUAUCUAUCUAUCAAGCAUUGUCCAAACAUUUGCUCUCUCUCUAUAUCUAUCUAUCUAUCUAUCUAUCUAUCUAUCUAUCUAUAUUAUCAUCCACAGACAGACUGUUUCGCCUGGCUUGCAUGGGGUGAUACCUAUCAAAAAUCUAUCUAUCUAUCUAUCUAUCUAUCUAUCUAUCUAUCUAUCUAUAGGAGAAUUAAUUACAAAGCGGAAAUUUUUUUCGUGUGA